AAAAAAAAAAAAAAAAAAAACUGAAAAGUACACGACAGUAACAGUAACACAUUGUAAAUAAUAAGCAGAGAAGACAAAAGGUUAAAAGAUUGAAAAGGAAAAAAAAAAUGGGAGCAAAAUAGAAAACAUUGGCCUGGUACGAUAGAAAAUAGAUUCUUUUCGUCGAGGUUCCACGUGAAUGAACGAAGUGAGAACGCGACAACGCAAUGCACGAUGGCGAAACGUAUCUGUCAUCGCGGUUCGUUAACGCGUUGCCCGAGAUCUGGUGCAGAUAAAAGACAAAGUGGAAAGGAAGUCAGGAUCAAAAUUUUCUCUCGCCUAGCCGAGAACACGACGCGUGGUAGUAGUAGGGAGAAAUAUAAGAGAAAGUACCGCGGAUGAGAACUUUCGAGUUGCGCGGUGGACGUGCAUCAUCGUGAAGGAAAUCGUCGACGAUUUGUCGUUGCGUGCAGAAAUGCGUGAAACGACGCUUCAACUCGCUAUUUGCGUCCGUUCUCUCCGAUCGUAGCGAACAAAUCGCUCGGAUUCGCUCGAGAGUGGCCAAGUGCAAGUACACUGACUUUCGUCAUCACGUGCUACGCCAGUUUAAACACAGGAACGUUUAUUCAUAAGACAGGAUCGUUCGAGAAUUUGUCACUGAACUUUGAGAUGAACACAUUUGCACAAUGCUGUUUUCUAGUUGGACUUCUCGUGCUGCUGUUCGAGAUCAUUGAAACGGGGAACGGUUACAAACUAAUCAGACCGUACAAAUACUAUCAACGUAGGCCGUGGUCGCGGCCACGAUGGCACGCAGAUCACAAAUCAUCGAAGUUGUACCAUUCUAAGAGGAUAUCGCCGGAAGACCAUUAUUCACGAAGGCCAAGUUAUAACAGAUACGGUUCCGCCGGAGACGAUUUCAACGGGCGCGUGGAAAACCACCCUUACACCAUAGUGAUACAAUUGCCGAAAGAAGAGGACAAACACAGAGGCGAUAGCUACGGACAGCGGAAAAGAAAAUUCGAGAGAAUUUCUGUUCCUGCGUAUACCACCGGAAGUGAUUAUAUCGAGGAUGAGGACGAGGCCGAGUCGAAAGUGGUCAACGUUGACAACAGAAGGGUGCAAAUAAAGAUGGUCAAAGGUGAAAGUCCGAAAUUGCACAUCAAAAUAUCAAGGUCAGAUAACGAGAAAAAUGUAGAAAUUAUGGACAGAACGAACAAAACUGGAAUAGAUUCACCGAAAAUCCACGCGAGUUUCACGAGGCCUGUGCAACAAUCGACAGUGUAUUGGACACCCGCGCGUUAUUUUGAAAAUCCUCGACAAAAACGAGUUUUGACAACGUAGCGACUUAUGUUAUUAUAGAAUUAUUGUGUUUUGUUUAGUUGCACAUGGGUCUCGUUUUACACGCGCGAGAGAAAAGUCACUAUUUUAAAAAUUAAUAUCUUUCGAAUAAAUCCGGAUUUUAUUCAUCUUUUAUUCACUUUCAUCAUACAAUGAAUUCGUUUUCUUUCUACUGGAAUCAUUUCAUUAUUUAUCUUUCUUUUAGUAGCUUUUGUUCGUAGCAGUUUUUAAAUUACGACAAAUUACUUUAAAAUUACGCAGGUCGUUCAACAUUAAGAUCAUUUGCAACGAAGCAAUGUCCUAACUAUAUCCGAUUAUGAUUGUAGUCCUUCAUCAAUUAAACUUGCAUUUGCAGAAUGAAACAAUUUUGAAAAAAUUUUCUAUACAAUCAGAAGUAGUACUCUUCUUCAUUAACCACGGUUAACAUUACUUUUUAAUAUCGUUAAUUAAUAUCAUUUUGAUGUUAAAAUCUGAUACAUAUGCACAUAUAUUUUGCCAUAAUUUGUGCACGAGAAUUAAUUUUUAAUCGUAUCGUUUCACCGUAAAAGUAACUACGAAUGAAACACUUCGAAAAAAAAAAAAAAAAAUACCAUGUAAAAUGAGACCCAGAUAUAAUUUAAAAUUAAAUUAUUAUUUAAUAGAAAACCAUCGCAUCGCUAUUUAUUGAUCAUCGUAUUACAAAACUUAAC